CUAGCAAAAGACAAGAAUAAGACUAUUAAAAACACAGAAGAUUAUGUAAUAGAAGAAUAGUGAGAGAAAGAGACCAGGAAGGCCAGAUUGAGAAAGAAAACAUUGCAAUGCUAACUUCCUUGUGCGUGAGAUUUUUAAAUCUUUAAUCUCUACUGCGCCAAAUAACAGUCGAGAGGUGUUUCCUGAAGGCUCUGGAGGCUGUCCGUUUGACAUUGACAGAAGAUUGACACACUGACAUCACAUUCAUCUUCAACUCUCUUGGCACCUACAGUUAAUGGAUGAACUGUCUCCAAUACAUCAAACUGUCUGCAUGCUGUUGCUGAAGGAAUAUUGACAUUCACUAUAUGAUUGAUACUACGGGGCCAAAACAUUUUACCAGGAAAAGAGUUUUGGGAAAAUUAUCAGGCAUGAUCAUAAACAACACCACAAACCAAACUGGCCUGCCGGAGGACUUUAGAAUUGCUCUUCUGGUUUUAUAUAUAUUCAUCUUUCUCGCUGGGACUCUGAAUGUUGUACUAAUGUCCUGUAUGCUACAAUCUCAAAGAUGUCUCUCUUUCACCAAAGUGUCUGUGAUCAACCUGAUAGCAGUGCACUCCUUUUUCCUUUUCACGGUGCCCUUUCGAAUUUACUAUUAUGCUUCUGAUGAAGACUGGAUUCUGGGCAUACAUUUCUGCAAAAUUGUCAGUCUUAUGAUCCAUGCCCACAUGUAUCUUGCAUUCAUCUUCUAUGUCUUCCUUCUAAUUGUGCGCUAUGUGGAGCACUCUGAUCAGCAGCACAAGCUAGAGUUUCAUCGCAUCCUUCACGCCACGAUUGCAAGUGCAACCGUCUGGUUGGUCAUAUUCGGCUCUAUGUUCCCAGCAACUAUUGCUAAAUAUGGAAUGACACAGAACGAUUCAACUCAUUGCUUUCAUUUUGGUCAGGCUCUCAUGCAGCCUACUGUGAAGACAUUAAACUAUGUAAUUUGUAUACUAGUAAUACUGGUUUGGAGUGUGCUGGCAUUUUUCCAAGUUUAUUUUCUGCUCAACGUGAGUAAGACAUUUGGAAAGGCCACAUGUCAACGUCAAGAGUUCUGGGCACAACUGAAGAAUGUUGUUUUCCUGUUGGUCAUGUUUUUUUGUUUUGUGCCCUAUCAAGGAUUCAGAGUUUACUAUGUGAGGGAAUAUGGCAAGUCUGAAGAAAUUAAUCAUAUAAAUGAAGUAUUACUUGCUGUCACUGCUUUCAGCUGCAUUGAUAUGAUUGCUUUUGCUGGUAGAGAUGUAUGCAAACUUAUAAAUUCAAGGGGAUGGUUUUACUGUUUAUAGAAACUAUGUUGUAUAUUGUUAUUGAUAUAGGGAAUUGUUUUACAUUUUCUUAUCUUUGUUUUUGAUGCCUUAUAAGCUUAAAACAAUUGUUCAGCAUGACAGAAUGUUUGGAAAUA